AUAGAGCCAGAAAACAUAGUCGAUCAGUUAUGGCACUUCAAGGCACUCUCAUCUCUGCAAUCAUACUUGUUUUUAGCUGUGCAGUGGCAACUAGUAUAGCUACCGCCCCAAGCCAUUACGACGUUGCUUCCAUCAACCGGAGCACCUUUCCGGCAGGUUUCAUAUUUGGGACAGCUUCUUCAGCUUACCAGUUCGAAGGUGCUGCAAAAGAAGAUGGAAGAGGACCAAGCAUAUGGGACACAUACACUCACAAAAUUCCAGAUAAGAUAAAAGACCGCAGCACUGGAGAUGUCGCUAUUGAUGCAUAUCACCGCUACAAGGAGGAUGUUGGCAUCAUGAAAAAUAUGGGUUUUGAUGCUUACAGAUUCUCCAUCUCGUGGUCUAGAUUGUUACCAAAUGGAACGCUAAGAGGGGGUGUGAAUAAGGAAGGAAUCAAAUAUUACAACAACCUCAUAAACGAGCUUCUAGCCAAUGGUCUAAAGCCCUUUGUCACACUCUUCCAUUGGGAUCUUCCCCAAGCUUUAGAAGAUGAAUACGGUGGCUUCUUAAGCCCUCAAAUUGUAAACCAUUUUCAAGACUACGCAGAGCUAUGCUUCAAGGAAUUUGGUGAUAGAGUUAAGGACUGGAUCACAUUAAACGAGCCCUGGAGCUACGCCAAUGGUGGUUAUGUAAUUGGGACGUUUGCACCAUGCCGAUGUUCUGAAUGGCAAAACCUAAAUUGCACCGGUGGAAAUUCAGGAACAGAGCCAUAUUUGGUCUCACACUACCAGCUUCUAGCUCACGCAGCAGCCGUAAAGUUAUACAAGGAGAAGUAUCAGGCUGAUCAGAAGGGUGUGAUAGGGAUAACAAUACUGUCGCACUGGUUUGUGCCCUUUUCUGAUGCCAAGCACCAUGAAGAAGCUGCUCUACGAGCAUUGGAUUUUAUGUUUGGAUGGUAUAUGGAUCCCUUAACAAACGGUGAAUAUCCGCACAGCAUGAGAUCUCUUGUUGGAGAUCGAUUACCCAAGUUCACUAAAGAGCAAUCCAAGAUGUUAAAAGGUUCAUUUGAUUUUCUGGGAUUGAAUUACUACACCGCUAACUAUGCUACUUAUGCACCUCAUCUCAAGAAUGCUGCAAACCCUAGCUACUUUACAGAUGCUGUCGCUACUGUUUCCACCGAGCGUAAUGGUAUUCCUAUUGGUCAAAAGGCUGCUUCAGAUUGGCUCUAUGUUUAUCCAGAAGGAAUUCGAGAUCUAUUGCUUUACACGAAGGAAAAGUACAAUAAUCCACUUAUUUACAUCACUGAAAAUGGAAGGGAUGAGCACAAUGAUCCCAAAUUAUCACUUGAGGAAGUCCUAGCCGAUACUCACCGAAUCGACUUUUACUAUCGACAUCUUUAUUAUCUUCAUGAAGCGAUCAAGGAUGGCGUUAACGUGAAGGGAUAUUUUGCUUGGUCUUUGUUUGACAACUUCGAAUGGAAUAUGGGUUACAGUGUUAGGUUUGGCAUCAACUAUGUGGAUUACAAUGAUGGGCUUAAAAGAUACCCUAAACUCUCAGCACACUGGUUCAAGAAUUUUCUUGAAAAUUAGUGAAGACGUGAUCAUACGCAAUAAUGGAUUAAUAAACAAACAAUCUUUGUGUAUGUACCUAUAUGUUCCUCUCAAUAAAAAAUAUUUAAAAAAAGUGCAUAGUUUACGUACUUUUUUCUCUUGCCAAUA